CCUAUGCAAGGACGUCUCCGCCUGGCGGGCGCGGGAAACAUCGCGAACUUUUAAAAAGUUACGAUAGACUUUACAGUGUUCUAUGAUUUAUGACACGUGUGAUAGUGAAUGAUAUUUUGUGAACAGAUUUUAAUGAGAUCGUUCCAGAAUGAAUAUUAAUCAAAACUGAACCGGGAUGACAUCGCACGAAAAUGAAGACAAGCAGAAACACAUUCCCUAAUGGGAAACCAAAAACAUAAAAAGAAACUUUACGCGAACAAAAAAAAAGAAUGACUUGAUAGUCUUGAUACUUGUAAAGUUUUUCCACGUGAUACCAAUGUCGUGAUCUAAAUUCAAAUAACACUCAAUUCAUGUUAUCACCUGACCAGAUCAGACACUUUUUGUGUGCCGAUAGUACUUCAUUAAAGGUUUUCAUAACAAUAGUUUUGCCUAUUCAAAUAUUGACAGUUCGUAAAAAACUUUACUUCAAGUUCGUUCAACUGUAAGUGCUAAAUCGGUGUGUGACUCAGUGCUUUUUUGACGUGCCAUUGAAAUAGUGAUACACUGUUAUGGUGAUACUUUUGUGAACCCGUGCCAACAUGGGUUGUCAGGGGGCCCUUCUGUUCUCCGUCUUUGUGAUAUCUCUUGCAAUCUGCCAAAGACUGGCGCAGGCCCAGCUUACGAGCACCGAGCUAAGGCCGGUGUCCCGAACGACAGAAGCGACUCGAGCAAACGGCACGGCGUUCGCAUGGAGCGCGUGGGGCCCGUGGAGAAAAUGUUCCAAGACCUGUGGGGGCGGCAUCUCCGUACAAGAGAGGCAGUGCUUACCACGGGAUCCUUCAAGAAUGCGCCGUAGCAGAAAGAGAAGGAAAUUGGUCCGGAGCACGGAGCGUCUGCGAAGGGCUCGUGAGAUUCCAAGCGGGGAUCCUGACUGUCCUGGACUGGCCAGGCGGUACCAUGAGUGCAAUACUGAGCCAUGUCCGGGCCCAGUGCGAGACUCCCGCGCCGAACAGUGUGCGGUGUACGACCGACGGCCGUUCCGAGGGAGGUUCUACACUUGGGUGCCCUAUAUUGAUGGUGACGCCCCCUGCACCUUGAACUGCCGUCCCCGCGGUCAGCAAUUCUACGCCUCCCUGACUCUCGUGACCGACGGCACUCCGUGCACAAAACCUGGCUACAGAGCCAUCUGUGUACAGGGAUCCUGCAAGAUUGUGGGCCGAGAAGGAGUCCUCGGCUCUUCAUCCCGCGAAGUGCGGUGUGGUCGUCGACUGGUCUCCGGUCUGUUCUCCAGACCGAGGUUACCCCUUGGUUACUCCUACGUGACCACGGUCCCACGAGGGGCUUGCCGACUCAACAUCUCUGAGAUCGUGUCUAGUGAGAACUAUAUCGCUCUAAAAGUGACGAACGGGUCCUACAUAAUGAACGGUGAAUUCGCCGUAAGCGCGCCCGGCAUGUAUGAGGCGGCAGGCGCGAGGUUCAAAUACUCACGCGCCGCUGGUCUCGACUCUGUCUUCGCACACGGGCCUCUCCAUCAUCCCGUCGAUAUCAUGAUCCUGUAUACUCAGCCGAAUCCGAACAUAAAGUAUGAAUACUUAACCGACACGGAACCUGAUGAAACCAAUGACAUACCAACUAGCCCUCCAGAGCCUCAUUAUCCCCAACGACAUCAUCGGCACUACAACGCCGAGUCCCACACAAGAGCCCUUGAUCAUCCUAUUCAAGAUCCAUCUCUGCCACGUCCAAAUCAUAAUCAAAAUUCCAUUGAGAAUCAAGCUGAUUCAAACGCUGUAGGUGAAAGGAAAUUCACGUGGAAGAUUCUCUCAUUUACACAAUGUACUAGAACUUGUGGCGGAGGUCUUCAAAUUGGCAAAUUUAGAUGUGUGGAGAUAGAUAAAGUGACUGGCCGUGACCGAGAGGUUUCCCCAGUGCAUUGCUCGGCGAAUGCUCCCCCGGCACGGCGACGACGGUGCGGUGUCACUCCAUGCCCGCCGAGGUGGCGAGCGGCUGCGUGGGGACCUUGCCCAGUUUGCGGGCCUGCUCAUCGGACGAGGAUUGUUGGAUGCGUUCAGGACCAUGCCCGAGGAAUCACUAAGGUCAGCGACCAGAAAUGCCCCCUCCCCAUGCCUCCAAGCAGUGAACUUUGCGACAUUCCCAACUGCGAUGGAACCGUCACUACCGAAACUCCAAGACCUGAUACCAGGCGUCAAGUCCGACCGAGAGAUAGGGUUGAUACGUUCCACGAUGGCCCAGUUAUAUCGCUUGCACGAAACUCGUCCGAGAAUGAGAUCAGCCCGACGCUAAGCCAACAAGCGUUUAGUCAUUCUGGGGGUGGUGGAUGGUUGUAUACUGAGUGGUCUGAGUGUGUUGGCUGGUGUGUUGGUGGUGGUGUCCAAUCUCGAGGAGUGCGGUGUGCUGACCCAGCCGGCUGCACUAGUCACCGUGCACCUGCAUCAUCACAAAGUUGUACUGUGAGGAAGCAGUGUGACGCGCAGUGGUUCACUGGUGAAUGGUCCCCCUGCUCAGCAACCUGCAGCGGGUACCAGGUCCGCGGAGUGGUCUGCAUCGGGGGCAGCGGGCGCCGACUGAGGGACGGCACGUGCCGUGCUCCUAAACCUGAGACUCAGCGACCUUGCGGAGGCACUUGCGCUCCCAGCUGGUACCUGAGUGACUGGAGCGAGUGCCAAGGUCCCUGCGAGGCCGGUAUCCAGAGCCGCACAGUAUGGUGCGCGCGCGGCGGUGCAGACGGUGCAGAGGGCGCGGCGCGAGACUCCGAGUGCAACACCCAGCGGCCUCUGGCUCGGCGUACGUGUGUGCCCGCUCGCUGCUCCACUAGGCCUGUGGCUAGGCCUGCGGUCAUCAGCCCUCCUGCUGUUACAGAUCCACAACAGCGAGUGACAAGAAAUCAAAGUCCAAACACACAAAACACACGGGAAAGAAUUACUCCUAAUGGCCAGUGCAUAGACAAGUUGAGCAAUUGCGCGCUAGCGGUGCAGGCCCGACUGUGCCACUACCCUUACUACGCUGACUAUUGCUGCCGUUCCUGCCACGGCCGGUAAACAUGGUAGAAUAGUCUUAGGCGCUGACACAGUAUUGUGAUAAAUGGACGCAAAGUGAGAAUACGUAAUCUAACAUAGUGUAAUGUUGCACUGGCCUCGAGCACACGGAAUAAUCUCACCCACCCAGUGCUAGGUUUUUUCAAGUGUAAUUAAAUUGCCAUAAUGUAUAAAAUAGUAUAAGGAUACAAUAAAUGCAAUAUUAUGGUCUCGGUGUGGGAACUCGCAAGUGAAUUUCAUUGCGUUUGUUUUUGAUUGGUGUGAAGUAACCUCAACAGCAAUGUAGCUAAAAUCACAUGCGAUUUCGCGCGCCGUCUGAACGGGCCCUAAUCCUCCUUUCUAAGCUAGUAGGCAAUAGAUUCGCAUUGUCGCGAGUCGCGUGUCCAAUUUCUAUGCAAAAUAUUACAUUUAUAAAACUAUAUCUAUAGUAUAGUAGGUACUUUCAAUAUUAAUGAACAUUACUUUUUGGAAUGAAUAGAGAUAACUGUGUCAAAAUGUGGAUGUAAAAAAGUUUACGAGAGCUUAUUACAGUUAUUAUAUCAUAAUCAUGAAUAUUAAACAAUUUAGAUAUUUUAAUAAUUGACUUUAGUAAUAAGCUCGCGUAAACUAGGCAUAAAGGUUAAGUAAAAUAAGUAUUAGUAGUUUUGUGAUCUCCAGUUUAUAGAAUUGAAGUUGAUCUGUGGAUAGUUGGAAAAACUGCGGUUUUUUUGUUUGUGUUUAUACCUACUGUUUGUGUACUUCGUUUCAGCGCUGCGUUCACUUGAAAUGUGGCAUUCCCUGUGAAUAUCGUAGACUACGUCUCGGCCCGGCCACAACAUUGGCACAGUAUAAUAAUGAGUACUAUCAGUGUGGCCACUCUCGCUCCCUACUGAAAGUGCCACCCACCGCUUCUCGUUUACCUCACAGUUACCACCUAUCAAAAACGCGACCAGUCAACCUGUCAUAUCUCACUCAUACAAGCAUAGUACGCGUUCACCUACACGAGCUUAGAAUGUGUGCUAGGAACGCACCUCUUUCAUAUAUUUGAUCGCCAGUGUCCGAGAUUGAUGGCCCCGCUGCCGCUGCCGCCUUAGACCAAUGUCGUGGCCUAGCCUGGGCAGUCUGUGGCCAUGAAUAAGCCCAUUAGAAGUAAAAAAAAGUUAAAGGUACUAUGAGUUUUUUAUUAUUAUUAUAAAUGGGCUUACUCUUGACCACAGACUAGCCAAAGGAAACUACGUGGCCUACGGUGGAGUGAGCUUGCCCAGAAGAUGCCUGUUCACCCUUGAUGUGAAGGUUGCCGGGUUAUAUGAGCUCGGAAAUAUAUUAGCCGCCAGCAAGGAAUUCCACUCCUUUAUCUAUAAAUGCAGUGCUGAAAUGUUCUUAGGUUUAUGAUCGCGCCGAAUGGUCAGUAUGGGAUCAUAGGCCUAAGAAGUAACUUUUUUUUAUAGAUUCACAUAAUUUAUAUAUACGAGUUUGGCACUUACAUUAAUUCGCUUACUUAAGAAUUGUAAAACCGCAAUUUAGAAUAAGACUAAGUAUGUCAUUUUAUCACUUGUGUAAAAACUAUCGUUACAUAAAAACUCGGUUUCUGCAAAUUAGGAAUUUAAAUUAAACAUACUUAUAGUAUUUACUGUGUUUAAGAAUGCAUUGUUAUUAUACUUAAACUUUACAACUACCCACACUUUUAAUAGAUUAUAUAUAUAUGUGUAUAGAUUAAGGAUUGAAAACGGUAAACACCCUGGCAUAUUUAGUUUUUGCACUCUGAUUAAUUUCUUGAAAUUGUAUAUAUUUACUUAAACAUAGAUAGACUAGCUUAGUAAGAAAAAUAGUAUUUGAUAUAAUUUAUUCGAUCACAAGAAUCAUUGUUUAUUUACGUAUAAUGUUUCGAACAACAAUAUUUUUUGUUAUUAUUAAUUAGUUUAUGUAUAAAUAUACCUAUAAUUUCAAGAACAAUUUCAGGUUAUUACCUGUGUUAUGUUUAUAUUUAUAUCAAACUAUCAAAAAGUUAUCUCUUAGAUAUAGAAAAAUAUAAUGUAAAUAGUACUUUAUAUGUAUAGUGCAUUUACUUACUGGCUGUUAAGUAUUUAUGUGUUCUUAGGUAUUAUCUGCGAUUACAAGUAUAAUAAAUAAAUAUUAUUAGAUUUAUUAGUGUUCAAAAUGCCUACUUUCAUAUUAUCUAGUGCUUUGAUGUGCUGAACAAACUUCACGGUUUGAUUUUGUUACAUGGUAAUGAGAUCAAAAUAUUAAAUAUACUCUGGAAUACCCAAGCUGUCAGUAUAGUAGACAGAGAUACGAGAUACAGUUCCUAUGAACUGAAGUAAAGCUUGUCAAAAAAGAGUACGAAAUUAAAAAGCGGUAAUAUUCGUUAUAUGGUCCCGUUUCUCACAUAAAUUGAUUUGAUACGGACGCUCCAUUAAUCAGCAGUUCUCAAAAAGUUUGUACAUAGCCACGUCAGCAAAUUUUAAUUGAUCCUAUUUUGUUACCAACAUUUAGACAUAAGUCGACUUUCGCAAGAUAUAUAUACAGGA